AGCGCUCUGACCGCGGUUGGCUGUUGGGCGAGCGCUCCUAGCGCGCCUAACGGAGAACGGGGCGCGCUGCGCGGGUAGGGGCGGGAGCACGCUCCCGGAAGCCAGCCGCCAGGCCUCGCCCCGCCACCGAGGCUCUCCCCGGAGCCAGUUUUGUUAGUGCUAAGUUCGCGUGGGUCCUGACCGUGGGUGGAGACGGCGGAGGCCGGCGGGAGGCUGCCCACAGCGCCACGCGCAGGCGCUACAUGAUGUGGAAAGUAGAAUCACUUGUUUCAUGCUUGGGAUGGGAGCAGAGAGGCAGGUGGCUCUGAAGUGUCUGGUGUGGUAUUGAUAGCCAACUAGCUGUGUCACUGUGUUAUGAUGCCAUCUCGUACCAACCUGACCACUGGAAUCCCCAGUAGUAAAGUAAAGUAUUCAAGGCUUUCCAGCACAGACGAUGGCUACAUUGACCUUCAGUUUAAGAAAAGCCCUCCUAAGAUCCCUUAUAAGGCCAUUGCACUUGCCACCGUGCUGUUUUUGAUUGGCACCUUUCUCAUAAUCAUAGGCUCUCUCCUGCUGUCGGGCUACAUCAGCAAAGGGGGGGCAGACCGAGCUGUUCCUGUCCUCAUCAUUGGCAUUUUGGUGUUCCUGCCAGGAUUUUACCAUUUGCGCAUCGCCUACUAUGCAUCCAAAGGCUACCGGGGUUACUCCUAUGAUGACAUUCCAGACUUUGAUGACUAACAGUCACCUCAGCCUUGAGAAGAGACACAGUGCACCCACUUUAAGACAUCAAGCAGGAACUUUGGCUAAGGGCUGAGGAAGUCUACAAUUUGUAGAUGUUUAGCAAAACAAUGGCCGGAUUGUAUGAGUCCUUUUCCAAAAUGCUCAUGCUUUAUAAUUAGCUAAUUAGGACCUGUUAUGUUUUCAUCUGCUGGCCCUGGCAAAGCUUGACAAGUUUUUCCACAUGUGUAUGCAUCAUGUAAGAACUGUGAGGCUAAUUGUCUGGAAAGGCAGGCUGUAUUCUGAGGUGGAAAGUGUUCUUUUGGGGUGAUCCUGCAUUUCGCCUCCAUCAUCAAUUUGUUUUUGUAGCAUAUGGAAAAUGUAUUAUGUCUAGUUUCUUAUUACUAAGUAAUUUAUUUUUAAAAUAUCUAUCUUAUCUCUCACACUCUCCUCUACCUUUACAUCCUGGUAAAAUUAAAAUAUCUCUUAUCCCAUAUACUUUUCUCUACCUUCAUAUCCUGAUAAAACCAAAUAUCUGGGAUCCAUCUGUAAUAGGCUUUUUAAAAAAAUUGACAGCAACCUAGAAUUUUUAAACCCCAAAGUAGGUUUUCAAAAUGUAAACUUUGUGGGGCCAGAGAGACAGCUCAGUGGUUGAGGACUGGCUGCUCUUCCAGAGGACCCAGGUUCAAUUCCCAGCACCCACAUGGUGGCUCACAACCAUCUAUAGUGGGAUACGAUGCCCUUCAGGCAAAAUUUCGAUAGAGCACUCAUAUACAUAAACAAAUCUUUAAAAGAAAAAUUUGCUGGAUAUGAUGGCACACGCCUUGAUCCCAGCACCUCAGAGGCAGAAGCAGGUUGAUCUCUGUAAGUUCAAGGCCAGCCUGGUCUUCAUAUGGAGUUUUAGGACAACCAAGGCUACCAAAUGAAAGCCUGUCUCAAAUAAAAAAACAAUAACAAAAUACUUCCUCUGGUUUCUCCAUAGGUUACCCACCAAAAAACUCGGGUGAAUCUGUCUUUCAUAGAUAAAGAGGUUGUGUGAAUCAUCUUUAAGGACUAGACUUUGGCUGUUUCUUAGUAAAACUGUAGAUAAGUGUACUUGGAGUUUGUAACCCACUGCUGGCACCCAGUACUAUGACAUCAUUCUGCUAAAGAUUAUGAGACUUGGCCAGGAUCCCUACAAAUGUAUUAGUUCAAAUCUGGUUUUUAGCUUGCAAAAAGUGACCUUUUUUUUUUUAUAUAAAAUAUUAAAGUGUCAUAGUUCAAAUUCUAGGCUUAAAACAAUUAACUUUAGGCAUGUUUUAGAAAAGCACUCUAAUGAUUUGAUGUAUUUAAUCCCGGUACCCAGCACUACCUUUGUUUUUAGGUAACUGGCUUUAUGAGUCAGACUCUGCUUUCCAGUCAGUGUUUCCUCUGAGGUUAUGGACUUGGGCAACCUAAAGUCUGGAUGUGUCAUCAGCUGAGACUGGGAAGGCCGUGAAUGGGACGUUUGGGGGGAAAGGUAACUUUUGGAUGUGUUGAAACUAAAUGUCAACUCAGCACCCAAGGAGAGCUAUGGAGACGGGAGACAGUUGCAAUGCUGUAUGUCUGGAAAUUGGAUUGGGUCUCAUCUGGAGAUAGAAAUGUUAGAGUCGGUGUUUGGAUAGUAUCUUCAGAGCCAUGGGGCUAGGGAGCUCACCAGUGGAGUUAUACACAUAGAAGUAAGACAGUGACCCCCAGCAGCUGCCAUGUUUGGCUGUAUUUAAAAAUUGGAGGGGAGCCCAAAGGGUUUGGUGCUGAACACCUCUAGAACCUUGCUGGUAAAGGUAUAAAGUGGCAUAGGAUAGUUAAAGCUCCCUGUUGGGCACUGCUUACAAAGCUAAGGCUAGAUUGGCUCAGCCAAACCAAAGAGCUUGGCGGUAUUUAUAGGGUUGAUGCUACAAAGAAAAAGAAAUGAUAGAAGGGUGUAGAAUGCAAGGGGAACAUCUGUUCGGGGUCAUCUCCAUGUUGCCCACAUAAGCUCCUGUGUUCCUUUCCAGACAGUUGUGAGCACAGAAACCCAUGCCUCUGGUGAGCAUGGUGGUGUGGCACACACCUUUAAUCCAGCACUCUGGAGGCAGAGGCAGAUGGAUCUCUUGAGUUCAAAGCCAAGCUGUUCUACAUAGUGAGUUUUAGUACAUCCAAGGCUGUAUAGUGAGAUCCUGUCUCAAAAGAAACUGAAAACAGGCACAGUUGUAUGGUUCUGUGAUCCCUUUUUUCUGUUUUAUUACACAUAGCUUUAUAUAUAUAUCCAAGGAAGCCAGCCACAUUUUCCCCAGUGCCCGGUCUGGAGGCCUCACUGUUGGUAGCACUCUUCCCUCUUACUAUGUCAUAGACAACACUUCUAUCCUGUAUAGGUACAUAAUUAGACUUCUGUCUGGGGCUAGAACCCCCCUCUACUGUCCCAUGAGGAAUGACACUAAUCACACUAGUAAUCUCAUCUUGGUGGCCUCAUUAAGAAGAGACACACAGAUAUCUCUUAUUAAACCAAAAUCAGACUUGUAUGCAUUGACUAUAAUUGUAUUCUUUGGUGCUUUAUAGAAAAGGUCUAAAUCUCCAUAUUGACGAUAAACUUUUUAAGAUUUAAAAAAAAUUUAUGCACAUGUAUAUGGUACAUAUAUAUGGGUACUCACAGAGGCCAGAUCCCCUGGAGCUGGAAGUACAAGCUAUUAAACUACUAAUAUGGGUGCUAAUAUGGUUCUCUGCAAGAGUACUACAUGCUCUUAUCCACUGAACCAUCUCUCCAGCCAGUAAACAUUUCUUGAACUGUUUGCUGAGACCUUGUGCACCUAGCCUCAUUAAUUCUGUAUGAUUUUAAUCUCUGCAAAAGUCCUGUGUUAGGAAAAAAUUCCCAAGCUUAAAUGAAUGCCUUUGGGGGUUGAGCAAGAAAAAGGAAUGGGAACAGGGGUUUGUACAGUAGGGGCAGUAGAGACCAAGGCCAUUUAUCCAGCAAGUGUUUGCCUAAAAGCAGCCUGCUCUCUUGGGCUGUUGACUAAACUAGGUGGCACAAGUAAUUGUGACAACUAUUACACUUUCCAGGAAAUCCAAAGCAGAAUCUACCUCAGUUACGUGUGGGGUUCUGCAUGUGAUGGAGAGUCCAGACCCAUUCAUUGCCAUUGCAGUGGAAAGUGCCACGUAUGGCUGGUAUAUCAGACAUGAGUUGACCGUUUCUAUUCUUCUGGAGGUACAACAAAAAAAGAUGGGAUGAUCACUGAGGAACAGAGGUUACGUUUUGUUUAAAAGUUAUGUGAUGCUGAUGUUUGAUUUCUUUUAAAAAGGAGGUUGUUGAGCAGGUUGGAGCAAAUUGUAAAGGUAGCUUUAACUGAGCAGGACUUCCCAAUUCACUGUAGUCCCCACUACUUGGUUAUUUCUUUACCAGACUACAAAUUUCCUCCCAACAACUGUUUGUCAAAUGAAGCGCUGACAUGUAGGCAUUACAUUUUCCUUUGCAGUAUG